AUGACUUCUUUCUACGACGAAGUCGAAAUCGAGGACAUGGACUACGACGAGGAGACAAAGACGUACUACUACCCAUGUCCAUGUGGGGAUAAGUUCGCUAUCACAGAGGAUGAACUCCGCGCUGGCGACGAAGUAGCCCAAUGCCCAAGUUGCUCGCUCAUCAUCCGCGUGAUAUACGAUCCAGAGGAGUUCAUGGACGACGAGGAUGGGGGGGAUACCAUCGAUCUGCCUGCGUUGGUCUCUGUUGAGGCUUGA